ACUGGCAUUCUAUGGGAUUUAGGGUUUCGCGAGGAGGAGAAGAUCUUCGUGUAGCUCGGGAGCUGGCGCUGGCAGAUCGAUCCGUUCGGCAUGAGUGCUACUCUGCAAGGAGACUUUGAUAAGCAAAAAUUCUUUGUGGAGGUGGCCAAAGCAUUGAAUGACCACAACAUUGACGGGUUCGAUGCCUUGGAAAGCCACCUUCUCGAGCGUCUGCAAAUUUCGUCGGACGAAGAACUAGCUCAGUUGAAAGAGGCGGUCGAUGCUGUUUUCGAAAAGGUGCAAAUGGCUCUUGAGAAAAAUCUCUUGCGAUGGGAGAAGUAUUGCAAAACAAACUGCUUCUAUGUACCAGAGAUAGUAGAAACCGUUCAGGCUGAAGAGAAGGAAGAAGAGACUCCACAACCAGAUCCAGUCGAUAUUGCCAGAGAGGCUGAACUGGACAAUGAAUUGGAUCUUCUUAGAAGUCGGAUCCUCUCGGUGAGGAGAGAGACCUCUAAACUAAAUCGGGAGCGCCAGACUCUGGAGACAUGGCUGUCCCUGAAGCGCGCCAAAAUUGAUGCUGUGAGCGAAGCAGCCUCUUCGGUAGACAAGACGAAGCUGUCAAUCAUGCAAGCGGAGAUAUCAGAAGCGGCUUCAAAGAUGCACGAGCAAAUGAAGAAGGCGGAGGACGAAACUUUUGAAGCAAAAGAGAUGGAUACAAAGAGCAAAGCUGCGUUUGCAAAGCUUCUCGACGAGAUCUUUUGACAAUAUCACGAGGUGUAUACUAACAUGCUUAUAGCUAAGAAAUAGAGCUCGCAAAAUGUCCUCGUCAAAUAGUUCUCUCGCGACGGAAGGAAGUAUGAUCUUCAAGCUUUUUUCUGAGGCGAAAGAGAUGAAUACAAAGAGAACAAAGCUGCGAUCUUUUGACAAUAACAAGCUAGAUGGACAAUGAA